GCACCGGCGAACACGUGGCUGCCGCGGAGUCAGAGCAGCAAUGGCGUCGGGUGGCGGCGGUAGCUGCGACCCCCUGGCCCCGGCGGGGGUCCCUUGCGCCUUCUCUCCGGACAGACAGGCCUACUUUGCUUUAGCCUCUACCGAUGGUCAUCUGCGAGUGUGGGAGACAGCCAAUAACCGGCUGCACCAGGAAUACGUGCCUUCCGCGCACCUCAGCGGUACCUGCACCUGCCUGGCCUGGGCGCCACCGCGGCUGCAGGCCAAGGAAAGCCACCAGAGGAAAAAACGGAAAUCAGAAGCUAUAGGAAUGAGUGACCAGAUUGACUUGUUGGCUCUUGGUACAGCAGUUGGUAGCAUUUUAUUGUAUAGUACAGUAAAAGGAGAAUUGCACAGUAAAUUAACAAGUGGUGGUCAUGACAACAGAGUCAAUUGCAUACAGUGGCAUCAAGACAGUGGCUGCUUAUAUAGCUGUUCAGAUGAUAAGCAUAUUGUGGAGUGGAACACACAGACGUGCAAAGUGAAGUGCAAAUGGAAAGGUGACAAUAGCAGCGUCACUUCCCUGUGUAUCAGCCCAGAUGGAAAGAUGUUACUUUCAGCUGGUCGAACAAUCAAACUAUGGGUUUUGGAGACCAAAGAAGUCUACAGACACUUCACAGGACAUGCGACACCAGUUUCAUCGCUUAUGUUCACUACUAUCAGACCUCCUAAUGAGAGCCAGCCCUUUGAUGGAGUUACAGGCCUUUAUUUCUUAUCUGGAGCAGUGCAUGACCGGUUACUUAAUGUCUGGCAAGUCCGGUCAGAAAACAAAGAAAAGAAUGCAGUGAUGUCUUUUACCGUUACAGAUGAGCCUGUCUACAUUGACUUGACUUUGUCAGAAAACAAAGAAGAGCCUGUCAAGUUAGCUGUUGUUUGCAGAGAUGGUCAAGUUCAUCUUUUCGAACAUGUAUUGAAUGGACAUUGCAAAAAACCUUUGACUUCAAACUGCACAAUUCAGAUAGCAACACCUGGGAAAGGAAAGAAGUCAACGCCAAAACCCAUCCCUAUUCUAGCAGCUGGAUUUUGCUCAGACAAAAUGUCCUUGUUGCUUGUGUAUGGCAAUUGGUUUCAGCCUACUAUUGAGCGAGUGGCUUUAAACUCCAAAGAGCCUCACAUGUGUUUAGUAAGAGAUACUUCAAACUGCUGGGCCCCAAAAGUAGAAACGGCUAUAACAAAGGUGAGGACACCUGUGAUAAAUGCUGAAGCAAAAGUUUUGGUGCCCGGGAUUCCUGGACAUCAUGCAGCUAUCAAACCGCCUCUUCCACACACUGAGGAAGUAGAAAGCAAGCGGAAGUUAGGAGGAAAUGAGGUCAGCAUUGAAGAGCGCCUAGGAGCCAUGGACAUAGAUACUAAAGAAGGAAAGGAUGACCUAUUGCAGACAAAUAGCUUUCCAGUUCUCCUUACCCAAGGUUUAGAAAGUAAUGAUUUUGAGAUGCUAAAUAAAGUACUUCAAACUAGGAAUUUAAACCUGAUAAAGAAGACUGUGUUAAGGAUACCCUUGCAUGCUGUUAUCCCAUUGUUACAAGAGCUUACAAAGAGGUUACAAGGCCACCCUAAUAGUGCUGUUUUAAUGGUUCAGUGGCUGAAAUGUGUAUUAACCGUUCAUGCAUCAUACCUGUCCACAUUGCCUGACUUGGUACACCAGCUAGGAACACUCUACCAGUUAAUGGAAAGCAGAGUCAGAACUUUCCAGAAACUCUCACACCUUCAUGGGAAGCUUAUCCUUCUAAUCACACAAGUUACAGCAUCAGAGAAGGCAAAGGGAAUGACAUCCCCUGGCCAGAAGGCCAAACUGGUCUAUGAAGAAGAAUCUUCAGAAGAGGAGUCUGAUGAUGAAAUAGCAGAUAAAGAUUCUGAUGAUAAUUGGGAUGAAGAUGAAGAAGAGAAAGAAAGUACAAAAGAUGAAGAUGUUGAUGAAGAGAAUGAAGAUGAUGAAGCUGAAGCAAAGGAAGAAAACGGUGGGGAUGGAGCUGGAGCCAUCGAAAAAGAGCUAAAUGGAGAUUCUGAUUUAGAUCCUGACAAUGAAAGUGAAGAAGAAUGAAGACAGACAGACAGGCAGGUCAGACUGUGUGAACUCCGGCUCACCUUGCCCAGUGCUGCCACGUUCUCCCGCGAGGGUUGGCCCUGAGCCAGGACGCCACUGGCCCCGCACAUUUCCAAACUCACAGCGGGAUCCCCCCGCCACCUUGCUAUCCUGAGUGCCCCAGACUCUGUGUAAAUAAGAGUGUUUCAUUCAAAUGUUAAUAAACUUUACACAGUAAAUAGACACAUUUUCUGCAA